CGUCCUCUAGCGUCUACAAUUUAAAACAUCGCUGCAAUUUUUUUGUCAACCCUUCUGACGGAAGUGUCGUCACGGAGGCGGAGAAUAUUUUUGUUUCCAACAUGGCGACUGUGGGAACAGCCACCUCGGAGUGGAUCCAAUUUUUCAAAGAUGCAGGGAUCCCACCUGGUCUGGCUGUCACAUAUGCAGUCUCUUUUGUGGACAACAGAAUCCAAAAGAACAUGCUGAUGGACCUCAGUAAAGAUAUCAUGAUGGACCUCGGCAUUACUGUGGUUGGUGAUAUCAUUGCCAUUCUCAAACACGCCAAACAGGUGCACAGACAGGACAUGUGCAAAAUGGCCACAGAAGCCAUCACCUCAGGGCAGACGAGUGUUCAAGCUGAGCUCAGAAGAACCGCCAAUACUCCUGCAACCCGUAUGAUUGCCAAUGCUUUGAGCCAUGACUCCCCACCAGCAACGCCAGCCCGUCGACCUGACAAUCGUCUCUCUGUCACAGUGUCCAACAUGCAAGCAAACAAGAGCAACAAAGCAGUCAUAAGUCAGCCAGCUGAUGAGGGGAACAGUUUGCCGUCCGUCAAGCGCCGACGUGUGACAGCGGAGAUGGAAGGCAAGUACAUCAUCAACAUGCCCAAAGGCACAACACCUCGUACACAACGCAUCCUGGCGCAACAGGCCAAGAAAGGUUUGGAACGCACUUCUGUAUUCGCCAGACUUGGAUCUGAGUCAUUGGCAGACACUACAAGCAAUAACAAGCCAACUGGUGUGUUCAGUCGUCUUGACCAGGGAGUCCUGGCUGGAUCGAAAGCGGUGAAGGUGAAGGUGGACGAGCAGGAGGACAGUGACGGCGAGGGCUCUGUUCUGCAGUACGCCGGGGUCUUGAAGAGAUCCACUCCCUCCCAGAAAAAGGAGCCAGCUGCAAAACCUGCACCGACCACUCUGCGGCGGCUGGGGGGGAAAUUCAAACUACCGCCUUCUGACCCCCCCACGUCCUCCUCUUCUGCCCCUGACGGCCUUCCUCCCGCCAAAAUCAGUGUCCUUCAGAGACUGGGGAAGCUUCCUGUCACGCAAUCCAACACGCCCGCGUCGACCUCAUUGGCCGACACGCAGGACAACCGAGUGAGCAGCACCAGAACCAGAACCCUGAAGAGACAGGCCGUAGCAAACUCAAAGGUCAGCAGUAGCACUGGGUGUGGUGGAGGAGGUGGAGGAGCAGAGGGAAGUGCAGGAGAGUCUGCAGGCGCCCAGAUGGACAUUAAAGCCAUUAGUGUUUUUAAAAGACUGGGCAAUAAGAGAACCUAAGGAAAAGUGGUGACAUUCUUAACUUUUUUUUAGUUUAUUUUUAAUUUUUAUCACUUUUUUGUUUAUUUUGACCACAUGUAAGACUGCACACUUUAAUGGACUGAGAUUUUUUUUUUUGUUUUGUUCUUGCCUGAGUGAG